UGUUGCCAACAAAUGGGCCAGUUAUAGAAGGUAUAGAUCCACCUUACCAAAUUGAUGAUAUAGUCAAUAUCUCAUGCACAUCGGGGCCAUCAAAACCAACAGCUCAUAUGAAAUGGUAUAUUAACGACAGGGAGUAUCCACCAACAUCUGAGAGUAGAUAUCCACCAAUGCGUCAUCCCAAUGGAUUGCAAACAACCAGGAUAGGUUUGGAAUUUAAAAUUGACCGCAGCUAUUUUUACAAAGGAGAAAUCAAGAUCGUAUGCGUGAGUUCCAUACCGCAGGUGUACUCGAGCACUAGCGAAGAACUGGUGAUUGGGGAUCGUGGAUCAUCCAUUAAUCCUUAUCAUGUAUCUCAUUCUGCUCCAGGGCAAAAAGGCCCUGUUAUAGAAGGGAACCUUCAAUUUUACUAUGUUGGGGACUUAGUGAACAUAAAUUGCUCAUCAGCUAGAUCACCUAUACCUGUGCAUAUUCGAUGGUUCGUCAACGACAUGGAAGCAAAAAGGGAGCAUUUGAUAAAGUAUCCAACAAUACGUUAUUCAGACGGCACAGAAGUAUCUAGUUUAGGAUUACGAAUGCGGGUUGAACAUCACCACUUCAAAAGCGACGAGCUACGCAUCAAGUGCACAACAACACUGUACAGAAUGCUUACAAUGAGAGCUGAAAAAACUCUGUUUAGGUAUAACCAGCAAAAUUCUGGUUUUCAUACAGCAGAAAAUAGGUGCGCAGUUGUGCUCAGAAGCAGCAUUUUUUCAACGAUUUUGCUAUGGACUUCGGCUUUAACUACCCUGUAUUCCACAAGACUGUUGCCCUAUUGUUUGUCUUGCUAGCCAAAGAACUUAUUUGGAUGAUGAUAGCAUUAAAGUAAUGGCACAAUUUUGAUAAACGAAUCAUGUGCAAGAUUAUUGAAGACAGUGGCGGACUUGAGAAGAUAUUGGAAGGAAAGACGCGCAACAGAUUCUGAAUAGUUAUUAAUGCAGCAGUUGCAAAAAAGGUCUCUUCAGAGCUCUCGCAGAAAUAACUCUCACAAAAAUUGAAUUCAAGAAUAAUAUGAAUAUCGGCUUUGAUUAAAAUUUAAAAUAUCUAAGGAAGCAAAUUUAAAGUCUGAAAUUCAUAGCAAUAGUUUAGAACAGAAAAUUGUGUUGUUAUUAUGUAUAUCACGAAUGGAGUGGCAUGAUAAAUGUUCAACUUUAUAAUGCAUGUUUUUUAAAAUAUUUUUCAUAUGUAAGAGAUAACUCUUCCUGUAAAUUUAUUCAAAAGAAAUAUAAUUAUAGAAAUUUAUCAUGCGCGAGAAUGAAACGAUAUGAUAUAAAUAUGUUGCCUAGUCAACAUUUUUUAUAUAAUCAUCACAAUUAAACAUUCCAGUUUCUCUCAAGAAGAAAUAAAUUUAGCAGCUAUGUGAUGUUUCCCAUUUAAAGUAAUUAUGCACCUACAUAAGCAUAAUUUUUAAAUCAAUACUUACCUUAAUUCCACC